AUGUCCAAAAAAGCCAAGUACGUCUCCAAUAUAGACGCAGGAAUUUUGCAGCAACUAUCUGGAUAUUUGGAUGUUCUGGACAGGAAAGAGGAGCCAAAACCAGAGUCAUUGCAGAGUUUCUCCUCGUUCCUAGAAAAUUCUCAAAAUCUAAAUGCUCUUGUCCAAUCUUUCUCAUACUAUUCCACAGUGAAUGACCAUUCCGGUUUAUCGCAGACGUUACAAAAGCUUGUGAGGGUGAUUAGACUUGGAAUUCGCUAUCAAGAGCUUCAAAAACCAUGCUCUACGCUCAUACAGGAUAUCCUAUCAACUCACAAUAUCAAGAUUUUUUACAGAUGUCUUAAUAAUCAAAAAGGAGGAAUAACAAAUCCUGCGCUGAGGUUACUUUCGUCGUCAUUGGAGUUUAAAAAAGGAGCAUAUGUGGAUCUGUUUCUUGACAAUUUCGACCUAUCCCUCAAAGUGCUUCCUCAGCUUCUUAUUCCAACAAAAUCAGAAAUGGAAGAUCCAACAAAAUGCAGGACUAAGAGUUCCAUUCGCCACAACUUCAUUUUGUUCUGGACCAAUCUGUGUGCACAAGCCAAUCCCCUGACGAGAAAGGACUUGUUAUUAAAUAACAGGAAAAUUACCACAAACUGGACCAAGUACAUAGCAACUCACGACUCCCCCGACACGAUUAGACAAACACUCAAUUUCCUGGACAGGUACAUCAUAGAGGAACGCUCCUAUAAGAAGAUGACAAAGUGCAAGAUUUUCGGAGACUAUAUCCCCAAGAAACUUUUGGAAUUAUAUGGCGUCGAGGCCGUUCGCGACGAGGUUCAUGAGCUUUUAAUAAAGUUAUCAACAGAUCCCGAAGUGGGCCUUAUGUUUUCUGAUGACAGGAAUACUUCAGAUACGAGUGGUGUGCCUGUGUCAAUCGGAGAUCACACGUUUAAAAUCCAUAAUAAGUUGAUAUUCAGUCUGCUAGCAAGUUGCAAACCAUGGACUGAUGAAAAACAGCUGGAUCUGACUGUUUCUGUGCUUUCUGCAGUUCCUGAACUAGUUCCUUGCUAUAACUAUAACCUCUCGCAAACAAUCGGAGUUCAUGACCCCAAACUUUCCGGUUUAUAUAUCGCAGAGUCAUUACUUCUCACCAAAAUCAUCAGAUUACCGGUUGUUGAUAAGGUGCUACGGUCCGAUUCUCCAGCAUAUGUUCUUGUCGAGUACAUCUGUCCUAACUCGUUGAGAAGAACGUCUUUUUCAAAGGCCCUUUCAAGCGAUAUUGGUCUAGUGCGUCACAUUGGCUCACAAUUAAUAAUAGACGUAUUGCAGAAUCUCCAAAAACGUUAUCCGUAUAUCACGGGGGAUGUGAGAAACGAAGUUUUGGAAAUCCUCAUUACCCAACGCUUACCGGACUUCAGCUUAAUAGUUGGUGCUCUAAACGACUGCUACAAAUCUGAGCCAUACAAUAAGCUCUUGAUAGUCAAUUUAUUGAAAGUGUGUGAGUACUUCCAGGCUGUUCUCAACCAGACUGUGUCGAUGACCCUUCCUAAAAUGAACCUUGGACAAGAAGCCGAAUUCAAGGCUAUCGACCUCACGAUUCUUGAUAGCUACUUGAAGAUCAACUCGGAUUCUCAGCAAAGUAAGUGGUUCAAUUCUGGAACUGCAAAAAAUUCGAUGUUCACAACCAUUUUGCGACUGCCAUACCGGUCGAAGGAAUCUGAUAUGCGGACUAAGGUGGUGGGUGUUAUAUCAAACCUCAUCAGCUCGUCGCUAUCUUUUACUGACUGCAGGCAAGACAACUCAGUUUUGAUCACGCAAGCCUAUGCUUUAGUUUAUGCCUUAGAUCAGUUUUCUCGAUACGUGAAAAACGACAAUGACAUAGAUGCCGUUUGCAAAACCUUGGAUGAGGCCAUUUCCAGAGUCAUGAGAACGCCCUACAAGUACAUUGAUAUUUCGCGAGAAGUUGGAAGACCCGUGAGCCCGUUCUACGUGGCUGCCGUUGAACAGGCCAAGUUUGCAACCACCGACAAAGUGAAGGUCUGGGUUAAUUUGUUGACAAGGUAUAUGUUUUUAAUUGGAGAGCCCUUGGAUGGCAUGAAAAAGGUUCUGUUGAAGUAUUGGUGGGACGAUCGUUUGGAUUUUGACGAAUACGAGUCUUCGUUGAAGGAGUUUUGUUCUAAAUUUUACGCCGAUGAAGAUGUGCCAUUCUUUGAGAUGGUGGUCAAUUUCCCGAUACCCAAAUUGAAAAAAGCCAUCUCCAGCAGAGUUGCAAUGGCAGAUAUCGAUGCUAUUGCUCUCCUAAGAAGACUGCAACUACUGACUUCUGACAAUACAAUGAAACUCGGAGACAUCAAAUCCGUUGUUAUCGAGUUAUUUUCCAAGCUCGCAAAUUAUCUGGCCCAGAAGACUUUCUCGCAUUACGAAACUUUUGAUCAUGUUGACCUCUAUAGGUCAAAAUACUGGAGUUCAUUGUAUCUGAACGGCAAUCACUCAGAAAAGCAGUAUUUUGUGGCUGGUUUGCUAAACGAGAUGUUUUACAAUCUGUUUGAGCUCGACAACUCCAUCCGUGCCAGAUUAUCGGAUUACGAAAAUAAUGUCCACAAUUAUAGAUCAUCAGAGAUAGACGAACAGGAAAUCCUUGCUAGUUCGUUUUGGGUGCUUGAUGAUUCCAAGCUAGUCGAGCAUUUAUUCGGCCCAGCAAUCAUACAGAACAAGGUUCUUGAGCUGGCUGCUCGUAGAGGCCUGCAAGUGGACGCUAACGAGCUCACCAAAGUUGCAGAUUUUGUGACUGUGACAAAUCUCCAUUAUUAUGUCACGCUCGCAUCAAGGACCAAUUUUGGGGAGCCCCAGAUUAGUAUUCUUGCGCAAAGGGCACAACAGAACGAGCUGUUGUACUCUGCUUUAUCUGCGAUCCUGAGAUCCAAUCCCGAUAUAGCAGACUUUUUGUUGAAGCAACCGGGACCUGCCGCCAACCAAUCAGUACACAGCCUGAACUAUCUGAUCACGCUCGACGAAUUUGCAGAAUCAGAGUCGCUACGUCUGAGGCUGGAGACUACCGCAACGGAAAAGCUGCAAGAAUUUUUGUCCACCUCUGAAGCUUGCGAUGUUCCCAUAUAUAUCAAGAUUCUUGCACGCAGAGCGUCCUCUGAUCUGUUUGCUCGUUUGAUGGAGUUUGCGCCUUUUUACAACAACGCCGCCUACAUGUUUAGCCCAGAGUCUGCGUAUUAUGUUUCUCAGUCGGUUGACAAUAUGGAUCUGCUCAAGCCAUGGUGUUCCAAAGCCAUUCUUUACUCCACGAAGAUGUUUGCUGAGAAAGACACGCUCCCGGAUAGGUUCUUGACGUUCCUCAAGAGUCUCCAGGAAUUAUUGCUAAGAGUUGACCUUUGGACUAUUGUUCCGGCAUCAAUUCUUAAUUCUCAUCUGGAAGUGCUUUUGUCCAAACAGUGGAUACGUUCAGAUGAUAUAUUACGGUACAUUUCUUCGCUCUUGAUGACGACUAUUUCAAAAACCGUACAGCACUCAAAACAUGUUCAACUGUUCAUCAACAACAAAUUCAAUGUGCUUUACGAGCUACCAUCGAAGUCCAACUUGUCCACGAGGUUCUGCUCGGCACUUGUUCUCUACUAUUUGGUGCAGGUCGGGCCAGUGUCGAAUUUUGAUGUUGCAAAACGUCUUCUGCAGUUCUACUCAGGGUCUCUUCGUGCCGAUGACUUGAUUCUUAAACACCUUCUAAUGGAGAUCGAGCAACAUGUGGGACAGAGCUGGUUAUCGUUUGUGGCUGAUUGGGAGUUUCUUGAUGGAGAGUCUUAUGAAUCGUCCACUACUAAUUUUAUCUCAAGCAGUGCGCACGGUCUCAUUGUGAAUCUCUCCAAGAAAUUCAUCGACAACUCUAUUGCCAAAUUCUCUGGCUCCUCUAAUGACUUUUCACUACCAACAGUGAAGAAGGCAAUGUGGAAAGACUGGGAAGCAUUCUUCGAUCACAAUUCUGUUGUCCUUGAACAUGCGAUCACCAGCAACAUUUACGAAAAAACCAUCUAUGACCCCGAAUUUAUCAUGCUGUUGAUCAUUAACAAUGACGAACUUUUCAAGGCCCAGGAAGAAUAUGUGGCAGUGGACGUGCGUAGACUUGUGGAAACCAACAUUCUGCAAUUCAUCGUGAUGAACCUGAGUAAUUGCAACGAGGAAGUGAGACAUAUCAGCCGCAAGAUCUUGUUGUCAUGUUACUUCACGAUCGAUAUAGAAUUAAAACGGCUGGCAGAACUGAAGCAAGACAAGGCGAAGACGGAGGGGGCUGCAGAUAAAGCAAAGACGGACGUGUCUACUCUCCAUCUUUUCGCCUUCAAGGAGAGACUGGCGUUCAAAGUAUACUUGGGAAAUCUCCUCUCUAUGAAGGAAGAGUGUUCUCCCGUCAUCGUUUUAAUGCUUUCCCACUUGAUUCCAGUCUUGGAUAACCCGGGCCAUUAUCUUUAUGAGAAGGCCUACCGAUACAUUUUAGGAGGGUCGAAAUUCCGUCCAUUUGACAUCCCCUUGCUCAAGGCCGUCACCCAACACUUUGUCGCAGACAAACAUCUGGGCCAUUCCAGAUUUGACGAAAACUACUACAAGCAACUGUCGUGGCUCAUUACUACUCUGACGAAGUCUCUGAGUCAUCAGAACGACCUCAAGGUUAUCAACAGAAGUGGAAUACUGGAAUACCUAAUGGCCCUCACCGGAUCUCCAUUCUUGAACUUCAAACAUCAACAAGAAAUAAUUCAUCUAAUGCACCGGAUAGCCGAACUCCCAAAUGGAGCAGACCUCCUCAUCAGAUCGUACGGAGUGCUGAGUUUCACAGAGUUACAGAAACUCAGACUUUCUACAGACACGGUCCCAAGCAACUUCCGGCUGCUUGAUUGGCAACGCUUCGCCGUCAAGGCGCACGUGAUUGCCGAUAAACGCACGUACGAAUGGACAAGUGAAGAUUUCAAUCGGUCGGUGAAACGAGUCUUAGCCUAA